GAGGUUGUUCUCAUAAGACCGGUCCAGAUCAACGGACCGUGGGCCCCACUUGUCAUUCAUCAGGACUCCUUCAUUCCUACUCUGUAAAAACCCUUCCUCCUUGCAGCCGCACCAUUGCUCUUCCAUAGUGCAACAAUGGCUGCUUCUAGAAGAUUCCCAAGCAAUCACAGAACAAAUCUCCUCCUCUUAUUCUCCUCCCCUUCUUCUUCCCCUUCUCUCCCAACCGUCCAUCCUCAAUUGUACCAAUCUCGGUCCAUCUCAUCUACGUGUCAUCUAGACAGCGGCUGGAUCGACAAGAUCAAAGGCGUGUUCACCGGCCAAAAGCCAACUCCUUCCGAACCCGAACUCCCUUCUUCCCAGGCCUUCACUCUCCUCAGAUUUGCAGAUGAGCUGAAAAAUGCAAGGGCAGCUGGGUCUUUCAAGAAGUUCAUCGUAGGCCGUAGCAGCGAUGCGACAUUCGCCGACGCAUUUGAGAAGCAGGAAUCGAUAAUUCGGUACCUCGGAGGCUUCGAUCCCACCGGAGAGAAUCUGCAAAGCACCCAAAAACAAAGCGCUGCAAAACAUUGUAAUUGUACCAUUGCUGAAGUUGAGAAUGCACUGGCAAAGUUCACGUGGGCCAAAGAAGCACAAAAGAAGAUUGAGAAGUUAAAGGAAGAAGGGAAACCAAUGCCGAAGAGCUUGGCCGAGGUGCAAAAGUUGAUGGGGUCGACACCUUUGGAUCUUGCGCGGUCAAAUUUGGCAAAGAGUGGGCAAAUAAGCAGGAAUGCACCCUGCCCAUGUGGUUCCAAAAAGAAAUAUAAAUGGUGUUGUGGGAAGAAUGAGAUAAAAAGAAUCUAAUCAAAGGCAGCAGUCUGAUGCAAGGUUAACAUGCUUGCAAUGGAAAAGCUUCUAUCGUCGCAGGCGACAGAUUCAUGCAAUGCUAACAUGACCAUAUGGCAAACACCCGAAAGCCUCCUAUGAGUUCUCUGCUUCAUAGAUUAUGCAGCUUUAUAUUGAAAGCUGAAACAGAUUGCGCUUAUUGUUCAGGUGAGGGUUUUCCCUUGUUGGAUCUUUGCCAGAUAGACAAAGUCAAAUAUGCUUUUGCUAACCAAUAAAUGGGGGAAAAUAGAGAAGAAAUCUUUUGCUUCU